GCAGGGUGUGAAUGCCACUAUUAUGCAUUAUGUUUCCGCAUAUCAACAGUUUCGCAGCAAUAGUUCCAUGAAUCUAAGGAUCGUACCUAUAAAUCGUUUCCCAGUGGUCAGCAGUAUCACCCCGCAUUUUGAUCGUUAAGGAGCAUGAGAUCUUUCCCAUUCUCCCAAAUAAUUUGCUCACAAGCCGUCACAAUAUUAGCUUUGUUUGCUUGAAGAUGCCUCACGUUCGAGAUCCUACAUACUUACUUGCGCCGAACUGGACUUACCGCCCAAAUGGCCCGAUUGCUCUUGGAAACAUAAUUGUUGAUCCGUUCCGCCCUCAGUAUGCAAUCUCCAAGCCCACCAAGCCUCUACCUGAGAUGGAGACAGUAACGGAGAAUAAUUGGCUAUUCGAGACCGAAAAGAUACGGAGUGUGAAUGUGAGCAUCUGGACUCGCUUGUUCAAUCAACUGAGCCUCAAACUCGGGCCGAACCGUCAGAGAGCAGAGUCUGUCAAAAUUGUCAUGAAAUCUCUCGAGACUACUUACUUUAGAGAUGAGCCUUCGAUGCAAGACAUCCAAGCGAUCGCCAAUGAGCCAAUUGUUCGCAGUAUUCUGAAUACCGAUAGCCUAUUUCGAAGCCCAGUUUACAUGGUGACUGGUCUGAAAGUUGCAAAAGGAUUCCAGUUAACCCAUUAUGGAUCAUCUGGGCGCGGACUGUCUGCGGAAAUAUCAGAAAGUGUUGCUCCAGAUAUGUUUGUCGGUGGCAAUGCCAACAUUGAGAGAACGACGACCACCUCGAAUGGGUUUGAGGCCGCAGGUGAUAUCAUCUUUGCAUACCAACUGCUCAUCAUUAAACCAAAAGGCUGGGGUCCGAAUGCGACUUUCAAGCUGGAUGAUUAUCGUCACAAGGCGGCCAUGCUCGUGGAUAGUAGCAGCGACGAAACAGAAGAAGGAGAAAUCGAAAUUGAGUAUGGUGGUGCAACAGUUGAUGAAGUGGUCACAAUUCAAGAAGGCAUUACCGAAGUUAAUCCUGACAAAGCCCAACAGGAAUGGCUCUUCCAAGACGAAUGAAAAUUCGCUGCUAAAGGAACUAGGUGAAUUGUGCAAUUCUAAUAGUCGCGCAACAUGUUGAAUUUGAGCUUACUAAACCUGCCGCCCCAAUGUGAUAUGCCGCUCUAAUUUGGAUAAAGCAUGCUUAAUAGUCGCCAA